ACUCUUACCUGCUUGGGGACUAGUUGCAAUAUACUGAGCGCGUCAGGCGAUGGUUCAAUUCGUCAGUGGACAAUAGACGGAAAACCAGUGGGGAGUCCUUGGAAUAGUGACGGAGUACGAGCGGUGACCUCCAUGGCAAUGUCUCCAGAUGAAUCAAUGGUCGUUAGUGGAAGUGCAGAUGGCAGGCUAUGGCUGUGGAACAUCAGGAAGGGCAGCGUGGUCGGUGACCUGUGGAAAGGGCAUAGUCGUCCGGUGAGGUGCAUUGAUUGGUCCCCCAAUACCCAGGAGAUAGUAAGUGGAUCGGAAGACGGCACCAUACGACGCUGGAACCCGGAUACUGGCCAACAAAUAGCACAACCCAUAAAGAGUGGCCAAGGGUUAGUUUGGGCUGUCAGAUACUCUCCACAAGGGGACAAAUUCACGAGUGGCGGGGAGGAUAAGGUGAUCUGUGUGUGGUCAAAGGACGGCGAGCUGCUUAUAGAGAUCGAGGGCCAUGAUGUCGAGGUGAGGUCAUUGUGUUGGUCCAAGGAUGGCGCACACAUUUUCUCUGCGUCGUAUGAUCACACCAUCCGAAAGUGGCGGUCGAUUGAUGGGAAGGAGCUCGUUGUUUUUCAGGGUCAUACCACUCGCGUUCUCUCCCUCUGUCUUUCCCCUGAUGAAAGCCAUCUUGUUAGCGUGGCGGGGGACUACUCAGUUCGCAUCUGGGACCUCAAGACCAACCAGCCAGUCGGAAAGCAGCUCUUGCACGAUGACGAAGUCUUCACUGUUGUCAUUUCCCCUAAUGGAAAGUCUAUCGUCAGUGGUGGUUUGGACGGAAAGAUAUAUGUAUGGAGCCUGGAUGCAGCGCUCAAACAUGCAAGCGAUGAUCAUAGUGCAAAUGAUAGAAAUUCAAAACCCGAUGUGAAGCUCAAGGGACGUCCAGUUCGAUCAAGAGAUGCUAUCUUCGCUAGUCAGGUCUCUAGGCAGCAGCCAAACAACAGACUUGGAGGCUUGACGAAAUAUGGCAAUGACUUCUGGGACGCUGGUAUAAACCCCACGUCUCAUCCCGCAGCACCUCCUGUGCACCCAUCGUCUUUCCUUCGUUGGCGCGACCUGCUGGGUUCACUGCAUUUCAGCACUCGACCUCCAAACGGGCCACAAUCAAUACCGCUUGAGCCCCGGCGUUGGAAUUUCAACUUAUUUUCAGGAGGAAGCUCUAUACGCUCCGUUGACGUACCUGCCGGUCGCAAGAAAAAUGUGAGUGGCUUGCAAUCCCUCCCUUUUGAUAUCAUUGAAAUAUACAUAUUUGCAGAGAAUUUUCGUUUCCCCUCCCACCGCAGCAGAAUUGGCCCGCGCAGAAGCAGCUGCAGCUGUGCAACAUACGAAUAGCAACGAGGCCGGUAGUUCGACGCAAGCAGGUCAACCUCAAGCUGCACCGGUGUCACAAUUGUCUGAAGGACGACCAACAGACACGCAAGGCUCAGGUGGUGGGU